GGUGACAGACGCGGAAGGACUUGAACUACCAACUCAGCUUAGAAGAAAGCCAAGACUGAAAGUUUUCUCUCUCCCAGUAUGGUUAAGAAGAUUGCUCAGAAGAGCCUGACUAGAGUUUGGCCAAGGAGAGAAACUUUGUCACCAAGACAUCAAUGGUCAAAUCCAAAGCAUCAGUAAAUCAAGAAGGCUAUACCUUAAAAAUGGAAAAUGAUCUGACCACUUCUCACCAUCUGAGCUGCUACUCCAUGUUUGGAAAUUUUGGCAAUCCAAUGGGACAGCCAGGAUACCCUGGACACCCGGCUUAUCCAGGCAGUAUUUCAACAGGAGACCCCAUGUGGAAAUGCUUCCUUGCUAUUGCUGGCCAGGAUGGUGAAGUGGGUGCUGAAGAACUUCAGAAGUGUUUAACACAGUCUGGAAUUAGUGGAACUUAUUCUCCCUUCAGUUUGGAAACCUGCAGAAUUAUGAUUGCCAUGUUGGAUAGAGAUUACACAGGAAAAAUGGGAUUUAAUGAAUUCAAAGAACUUUGGGCAGCUCUUAACUCCUGGAAGCAAAACUUCGUAACUGUUGAUAAAGAUGGAAGUGGCUCAGUAGAGCAUCAUGAAUUGAAUCAAGCCAUUGCUGCUAUGGGUUAUAGGUUGAGUCCUCAAACAGUAACUACCAUUGUCAAACGUUAUGGCAAGAAUGGCAGAAUCUUCUUUGAUGAUUAUGUUGCUUGCUGUGUGAAGCUUCGAGCAUUGACAGAUUUCUUUAGGAGAAGAGACCACUUGCAACAAGGGGUUGUGAGUUUCGUAUAUGACGAUUUUUUGCAGGGCACAAUGGCAAUUUGAAUGUCUAGAAUUUGAAAGCUGAAGAAAUACUGUGAGUUUCUCUGCUUAGAAGAAAUGAACUGGACUCCUUAGAAUUAAAGCAUCUAAGGCUUUUCCAUAUUCCAUAUAUUGAAGCUCUUCUCUGAGUUUUUACUUUAGCUCACAGUGUAAAGCAAUAAAAGAGAUGUUUUUGUAUUGGGAAUAUUAUUGCUUUUAGUAAGGUUAUAACUUUAGAGAUCUCUGCAUAUUCAACAUAGGUGUAUAAUUAAGUGAUAUAAAUACCUCUUAACUUUAAUUUUCUUUAUUAAUUACAAGAUAGAUUAUAUAUUUGGAAAAGAUAGAUUGUAUAAGAAGCUAAAUGAUGAAAGCCUAAAUAAAACUAAUUUAUACUUACCUGAAGGUUACAAAUUAUAUUUUGAAAAAUUUGUUUGCAGUUGUUGGUAUUUGAAGGUGAGCCAGAAAGGGAAGCCUAGAUUUUGUGCCAUCUUUAUAGUAGGGCUUUUUAUUUGCUCACAUAUCAGAAAACAGAAACUUGCGACUCUUCGCCUGUGAAGAAAAUUGUAGUUCCUAAAAUUUUAUCCUGAGUCACAUUCAGUUCAGUUCAGUUCAGUUGCUCGGUGCUCAGUUGUGUCUGACUCUUUGUGACCCCAUCAAUCGCAGCACGCCAGGCACAUUAGGUGGACCAUAAAUUAAUCUUUGGUGAAAUAAAAUUCAAGGAGGCAUUGUUUUUCCUUUUUUAAUUUUUUGCAGUAUAUGUUUUUCUUCAGUGUGUUUUAUUGUCUUCUGUGGAACAAAAUUCUUAAUGAACAUAACUUCUUUCUCUGUAUAGAUAACCUAAAAUGGCAUCUUUGUUUAAAUUUAGGUUUUCUGCAAAUGACAUAUUUUUAAUGAAAUGUCAAUAUUUAAGUUUGUUAUUUUAAACUAAAUUGUUUACACAUACUGCUAUUAGCUAUUUAUAAAAUUUUUAAAAAAUCAAGUAACCUACCACUUUGUUUAAAUGUUUAGAAAUUAUAGGUUUGACUUUCUUGACAGAAUUAUUCCGUGAUUUUGACAUUAGUAAACCCAUAAGUCUUUCUCAGUAAGUGUAAUGUGGGUCCUGAGCAUGGUAGACAGCAUUUCUGAGUGGCAUUACUAUGAAAAUUGAAAGUGGAAUCACCAGGUUCUUAGCAUUUUAAGAUUACUGAUAUAAGUUAUUGUAUCAGUCACUUUCUUGGCAAACACGCCUCAGUCUUUCUAAAUGAAGAGUUAGUAAACCACAUACAUUUAUUACACUUUAACUGAAUAUCUUCUAGCUUAAAGGUGAAUACAAAUUAACAUAAUUUUAAUAUGGCUUGUGAUCAAAUUAAUAAUAUAGUUUUACAUGGAAGUUUCAUAAAAAUGGAAGAUGAGUGGUAGUCUCUUGAAAAGAAAAAAAAACCUUUUAUAAAGAUAGAGAAUUGUAGAUCAACUUUCACUUUAAAAAAACCUGGAAAGGAAGUAAUGUAUGCCCUUGUUGAUAUUGAUAAUUUUACAUAAUUAACUGUCAAAUUCAUUUGGCCAGAUUUAUAAAAAUGUGUGAAUAAAUAAUUCAUGUAAUUUUGUCCUCUGGCUGUUAAUUUUUUUCAUGAACAUAUAUUUGAUAAUGUAAGAGCAUGUUAACUGAGCCAUAAAAGAUACAGAAUUCUAAUUAGCAGUGUUACAGGAAAGAGAUCAUAUAAACAAAUUGUGUAUCAUUCAUGUUGAAUAAGGGUGAUACCAUGACUCAGCAGCAUGGAAUCUUAACAUACACUUUGUACAGUUGGUUGAGUUAUUGUACUAUUCUGAGGUCAGUUAUAAUUAUCCUUAUUUGGAUGCUCAUAGUUGAGGUCAAACUUUUAAAAUGGUAUGACAUGAGUCAUAUAAGUUUUGUCAAAUGACACUUUGAGUUAGAACUUUUACAUGCUUCUCUUUAACUCAUCCUUUACCAAAGGUGUUCCUGUGACUUUUGGUCAUAGGAGGUCUGAAGAAGUUCCCAGGACCAAAGGUAUUUAGGAAACCCUCAUCUUCCUCAGAAAGCUUAAUAAAACCUAAGGUACAGAAAAUCUCUUUUAUUUGACUCAAUUUUUUCUGAAAUUUUUUAACCUCAGAACCCUUCCUCUUAACAAAACUGAUAUUCUAUGCCAAUCCAAGCUGGUUGUCAGGCAGUUGUUUUGUACUUCACAUUAGAUAAUCCUUUUUUUUUUUUAAUCCAUAGAAUUUUAUUUGCAUUUAGCCCCUUUUCAAAUUUUUCUUAUACUAAUGAGGAGAACAUAAAUCUAGAAAUAAGAUUUGUGAAAUCAUCACUUUCCUUCCAAAUUCCCAAAUUAACAUUAUUUCAAAUACUAGGGUCAUUUUGGCCUUCAGGACAAUUACAUAUUUUUCUAGUGCUCAGUUUUCUAAUCUGUACACAUUAGAAAAUCUUAUAUAAACAUUAGCCAUAGAGAAUACAUUACCAGGAUUUUUCUGCUAAAAGGCAAUUCAUAUUUUUAAUGCUUUUAAAAUAGUGUAAACAGAAUCUAUUACUAAGGUAAAAAUUAAAUCAUUUUAUAAUGAACAUGAAUGUGAAUAUAAUGUGGUAGUUUGUACUAAUUAACUCAUGCCCCAGUUUUCUUAUGAUGAUGUAAAUUAUUAAAUCAUGUACACUCUUAAUGUCUAAGUGCUUUUAUUUAUACAAUAAACAUGUUUCCAUGUCAUUUUGAGAAUUUUUUUAAUAAACAUUCAAAUAGCUUGCUGUAAAGUUUUGCAUCAUACAAAAUCUGUAACAUAUAUAUUAAGAGAUUCUUCAGUUCAAGUAACAGUGCAGUAAUUCACCUAUGCUUAAAAGACUGCCAAAUGAUUAAAUGUCAGGUAUUGCACUUCUAUUGUGAGUGGCAGUUUACACAUUUUAAAUUACAUUACAGGGGGUAAUCAAUACUAUUGGAAUCUUAAUUUGGUCCACUUUCAAGUGUAAUUUCAAGGACUGUGUUCAUUGAUCUAUCAAGCAUGCAUUCAGAAACAAAAUGUAAUAGAAAGAUGUCAAGUGAUAUGUUUAUUUCCAGAGAAGGCAUUUACCCUGGAAGAGAGUAAAAUUUAUUAAUGUAGUUAAAAUCUGUGUAAUUGAAAAUAUAAAUUGUGAUUUCUUUAAGUAAAAUACAUAAAUCAAGGUCACUGUUAUGGCAUUACAAAACUGAAUAAACAAAUACUAUAUGUCAGAA